AUGGCGGAGGAGGCGAAGGCGGCCAUUAUCCCCGAGUCGGUUCUGAAGAAGAGGAAGCGCGCCGACGAGUGGGCCUUGGCCAAGAAGAAUGAACUCGAACAGCAGAAGAAGAAGAAUGCUGAGAACCGGAAGAUCAUCUUCAACAGGGCCCUUCAGUACGCUAAGGAGUACGAGUCCCAGGUAGUGUGGAUCUUAUAUGUCUAUCUCACCGUGCGUCUGAUGCUUCCAUAUGUGUUGAAGGCUCCUUCCGGUGGACUAUGGCAGGGAGUGCUUAUGUUUCCUUGUUUUCCUGCGGUGCACAGGAGAAGGAGCUGAUCCAGUUGAAGCGCGAGGCUAGGUUGAAGGGUGGGUUCUAUGUCGCCCCCGAGGCCAAGCUUCUCUUCAUCAUUCGCAUCCGAGGGUGAGCCAAUAUCUCCCAAUCAUCUUCCAUUUAUUUUGCUUGCAUCCCUUCCGAUGCAUCAUCUAGACGCACUUCAAUAUUGUUCCGAUCAUCUUCCAUUCAUGCCGUUGUCAGUCUUGUUUCUCUCGGUUUCAUUUGUCCUCCCCUCUGCCCCUCCGGUGAUUUCGAAAUAAUUAUCAAUUCUUGAUGGAAAGCAGCCGCAGCCUUAUCUCUUGUGGGGUUUGCGUGAUCCGUGCUUGGUUUCGCCUCCUUCUGAUAUCUCUUUCCGUCGAUUGUGUCAGGAGAUGCUCUAGUUGAUUAUUUUUCUGCAUAAUCUCCUCUGUUCAUUGUUCUAACGACACAAGAGCCUUUUUUUGAUACCAGUAUCAACGCGAUGCACCCCAAGACCCGGAAGAUAUUACAGCUCCUGCGUCUCCGUCAGGUGUGUAGACGCUCUUUCUGAGUCCAUCCCUCUUCGCUUCGUCUGUUGAUUGAUUUGCCCAGGAGUUGAGCUGUUAUCUUUUCCACAGAUCUUCAACGGGGUGUUCCUCAAAGUGAACAAGGCCACCCUCAACAUGCUCCACAGGGUCGAGCCUUAUGUGACUUAUGGGUACUGUAAAUGUCCCAGUAUAUGCUGGGCAUCCCGGGAAUGUAUUCCCAUUGAUAUCUGAUCUGGGAUAUGAAUAUCAUCGCUCACGGGUGGGGGUGUUUUCAGGUACCCCAACUUGAAGAGCGUCAGGGAGCUGAUCUACAAGAGGGGUUUUGGUAAACUGAACAAGCAGAGGACCGCGUUGACCGACAACGCCAUUGUGGAACAGGUUGGGCACAUCUCCAGUUCUUGACGAGGAACAAGUUUUUUAAUUUUCGUCUGCAGGGUGUGUGAGUUUAACGGACCCACAUGGUUUCAGGCGUUGGGUAAGUACGGGAUCAUCUGUGUCGAGGAUCUGAUCCACGAGAUCAUCACCGUCGGGUCUCACUUCAAGGAGGCCAACAAUUUCUUGUGGCCGUUCAAGCUCAAAGCCCCGCUCGGUGGUCUCCAGAAGAAGAGGAAUCACUACGUCGAAGGAGGAGACGCCGGUAACAGGGAAAAUUUCAUCAACGAGCUCAUCAGGAGGAUGAACUAG